AUGCUGUCUUACAGGCAAGAACAAAAUGAACUCAUGCGUCAGGAAAAGGACAGAUAUUUCAUUUGUAGUUGCUUAAAAUAUUUUGUAGCAACUUAAAAAUAAGUGCUCAAAUUUAGAACUCAUAUACUCAUUUACAAGCAGAAUACAACAGAACUCUUGCCCAUUAUUUCCAAACAUUGUACAAGAGUAAUAAUGGUUUCAGUUAAGCUAUUAUAUUCGCAUUAAAUCUUAAACAAAGGAGGUAAAAGAAGUGCUAUACUAUAUAUAUUUAUAAAUAGUUUCCUGCCCCAGAGGAUUCAAGUUGAUUCUCAAAGUACUCCAUCAUAUCCAGAUAUGCACAAUAGGUACUGA